AGUGUGUGAGACACCAACAGGUCAGCACAUCAACAUGUCCUCAUUCUGAAAUGGACUUCAUUCAUUACUGACCUCCAUCAGAGAGUGUGAGGAAGAAGGGAUCGCCUUUCAUCAGCUGUUGUAGUGCAGGAGAGGCAGCUCCUCUGCUGGAAGAACUGCAGAACCCUGAUCACUGGUUGGUUCUGGAGGACCUGCAGAACCCUGAUCACUGGUUGGUUCUGACAGGAGGCUCAGAGAGCUGUGAGGACUGAAGUCAGCGUGUGCUGCAGGAGAGGACAUUUAGACAUGGACAGCAGGACAGCUCACUCUUUACACUCCAGAAAUAAGACAUUUGUUUAUCUGUGGACUAGCAGGCAGCUCCAGCAGGAGCAGGUAGAAUGGGAGGAUGUGAAUACACUUCUGCAGCGUCAUGGCUUUAAGACGGUGCAUUUUGCAGAUCCCGUAGAAAAUAAGAAUAUUUCAGAUUUGAUUGUGCUGGACAAGAAGUCAGCUGUUGAGGUCAGGAUGACUCUGAGGACGAUGCUCUCAGACUCGGAGAGGAGACAGGCUCUGAUCCAGGAGCUCAUCAAGUCCAACAACCAACUCAAAGAGGAGCUCCAUGAGCACACGAGUGGAGCGGCUCAGCAGUCCCAGAGGGCCACAGAGCUGGAGGGGCUGCUGGACCUGGUGAGGACCAGAGUCCAGGACCUGGAGGACCGCUACCUCGGCAAGGCCGUCCAACAGCACAGCCGCACACAACAACUGCAGCAGGAAAAACAAGAAGCACAGAAACAGUGUCAGGUUCUGGAGCAGAAGCUGUCCAAACAAAGAGAGGAAGCAGCUCAACUGCAGAGGAAACUCUAUUUCACCAUCAAAGAAGAAGAGCGGCGAUCGGCUGGACAGAGUCGGACCUUCCAUCACAUCUGUGACAACGUCAGCCAGCAGGACUCUCCAGCAGAGCAGCAGGUUUUGGAUGUGAUUGACUUCUAUGAGACCAAACUGACUCAGCUGAUGGAUGAGCUCCGAUCUGUCAAAGGUCAACCAGAAGGAUCUCAAGAGGCUCAUCAGACAGGAAUCAAGAAGGUUACUCCAUCUUUCAAAACCAUUCUCAAGGCGUACCAGGAACAGCAAAGAGGAAGCAAAACUCAAAUAGAAGAGCUGAAGAAGGAGGUUGAGAGCCUGAAGCAAGAGUUGGAGACGAGGCCGUCACUCAGAGACGUGAAGUUCUACAAACACAAACUCCGCCUUUUGGAGGGGUCAAACAAGCACAAAGACACGAGAUUGCUUAAAGAAGACAACACAAGUGAGAUCAGUGAGAACGGCGGGGAGGCCAGUCAGUGUGCCCACUAUCACCAUCUGUUGAAUGAGAUCAGAGCUGUUGUGACCAAUCCCAGCGCUCCGUUACGACUGCACAGACAGAAACCCUCCUCAGCUGGUUUGGAGCUGGCUGAGGUUCACUCUCUCCUCCCAACACUGGAGGUCUGGGCCCAGCAGCUCCACCUACUGAAGGAUCUGCAAAGGGCUUUAAAUAAGUUGACUGACAGACUGAUGCCCUGGCAGCCGUCUGAUAGCGGCCAUAAUGCUGCAGAAACAGUGAAGGUGGAGGAUAUGCUGAUGCUGGUGGACACCAUGCUGGAAAACACCUCAGCCGAUGAUGAGAAGGUGCUCAGGAGUCCCACUCGACACACUCUGGGCUCCAUGGUGACCCACUUCCAGAAGCUGUUUGACGUGACCUCCCUCAGCGGAGUGUACCCGCGUAUGAACGAGGUCUACAGCAGGCUGGGGGAGACGACCAACACCAUGAGGAACCUCCGAGAUGUUCUGCAGCUAGACAGCAGGGUUCCUCCUGCUGAGGUGGUGAACCAGGUGGCCAGACUGGUUUCCUUCACUGAGCACACUGCUGGACUCCAUAAUCUGCUGGGAGAUGCUGAUAUUGACAGUAUCAUCAUCAAAGUGAAGCAGCAUGAAGAGUUCUUCCCUACCUUCCAUGCCCACAUUAUGGAUAUUUUACACACUCUAGGAGUGAGUCACCUGGAUGACAUCCUUCCAGCUCUGAAGUCUUUGAAACAAACAGCACAAUGAAAUCUGCUCUGACUGAACUGACUGUUCAAUGUAAUGAGUGUGACUUUUGAUUUCUUCUAUUAAAAACCAAACAGAUAAAAUAAGUCCAGAG